AUUAUUUAAAACGAAAAAAAUCACAUUUUAAUCCUUAAUUAAUAUAUUAAACUAAAAAUAAACUAUACAAAAUGAGAAACGAAAUUAUUGCCAAUAGUUGCCGUAUUUGUUUGACACAAACAAAAAAACUACGUUCCUUAUACAAACCAAUAGAAGAAGGAGACGAACCGCCAAAUGAAAUGUUGCAUCUCAUCACUGGAAUACAAGUGGAAAAGUUGGAUGAACAUGAAACAUUACCAAAAAAUAUUUGUAAAAAUUGUGAGUUGUCCCUGAGUAUGGCAUUUGAGUUUCGCGAAAAUGCCUUGAAUACACAACGAAUUAUUGCCUCGUAUUUGAUUGAGUUGAAUGGAUAUGAGAGCAAUGAAGACAGUAAUAAAUCUCACAUUUCAAAUUAUAAAACGAAAUAUGAAGAAAUAAUGAAUUUGGAACCAUUAGAUUGUGUGGACGCUCUAGAGGAAGAAAUACAAAUUUUAACUAAGGAUGAACAUAAAUCAUCUCUGGUAAAUGAGGAAGAAUUAAAUGAAACAACAGCCAAUGACGAAGACAAUACCGUUGAAGAGGAUGAGCAGGAAUAUUAUAAACAACAAGAACAAGAUUUUAUAUUAAAAGAUCCGCAUGAAAAUGAGAAUGAAAUUGAGCAUGAAAGCUAUUUAGACCACCAGAAGAAUGAACAAUAUGAAGAACAAGAUGAUGAUAAUGGGGAACAACAAGAAACAGUCUGUGAUGAGCAAGAAGAAAUUGAAUGCAAAGAAGAUCAGGUUAAUAUGUCGACCGAGGAUGAAGAUUAUGAACAUAUUCCAAAAUCCAUUACAAAAACUAGAAGUACAAAAGCUAAAAGAAAGAGAACUUCCAAAAUAAUACCAAAACCUUUAGAAAAACUAUUGGAGAAUAAUUCAAUGAGUAAUAUGAAACUAAUUCCUCGACGUGGCCGCAAACCAACAAAUGCAAGCAACCAAACUGGUCAUAUUUGUGAUAUAUGUGGAAAUGUAUUUGCCAAACUUGGACGUAUGAUGGAGCAUAGACAGCGGCAUGAUAAAGAACAUAGAUAUUGUUGCGAAAUAUGUGAACAAACAUUUCUUACGCGCGAACUUCUACGCAAGCACAUGUUUUCCCACAGCGGCGGAAAGCCAUUGAAGUGUAAAUAUUGCUCCCGAAAAUUUUAUUACGAAAGCGUAAGAAGAGCACAUGAAGCGAUACACCAAGGUCUUAAACCCCACGUUUGCGAUGUUUGUGACAAAGCCUUUGCCUAUGCUCACGCCUUAAAGAAGCACAAACUAAUACAUACCGAAAUCAAACUAUAUCGUUGUGAAUACUGCAAUAAAGAUUUUCGCCUACAGCAUCACCUAAAACAGCAUGAAAUGACAAAAUUACAUCAAAACGCAGUACGUUUUGCACACGGUAGUACAAUUUAUGAAGAUUGUCCUGACAUGGUGACGGGAGAACAAGAUAUAAUUGAGGACAUUUUGUUUAUAGAGGAGAUUACUAAUGAUCAAUUAGCCAGUGGUAGUUAAAAUAUGAAAACAUAAAUUAUAUACAUGUUACCCUAUAGAUAUUUAAAUUAAUAAUGCAAGAAACACCAAA